AUGGCGUUCCUGCUCCUCACCUGCCUGCUGGCUUUCUUACCAGUGGUUUCCAUGAAGAGUCCCAUAUUCGGUCCCCAGGACGUAAGGAGCGUGGAGGGCAGCUCAGUGUCCAUCAAGUGCUACUACCCAGCCACUUCUGUCAACCGCCAUUCCCGGAAGUACUGGUGCCGACAGGGAGACAAGGGCCCCUGUACAACCCUCAUCUCCUCAGGGCCCUUUGUCUCUGAGAACUAUGCGGGUAGAGCCAAACUCACCGACUUCCCAGAAGACAACUUGUUUGUGGUGGACAUUGCCCAACUCACCACAGAUGACACUGGGAAAUACAAGUGUGGUCUGGGUGUAAAUAACCGUGGCUUGUCCUAUGAUGUGAACCUGGAGGUCAGCAAGGGUCUUCAGCUUUCAAGUGACACACAGAUCUACAUAGGAGAACUGGGCAGAAAGGUGACCAUCCAGUGUCCUUUCAAGGAUGCCCAGACGAGGAAGGCCCUGAACAGGAAGUCUGGCCAGAGCUUCUACAUUAUCAUUGACUCCGGUGGGUAUAAAAAUAAUAACUAUAAAGACAGGGCAGACCUGAAUAUAGACGGAACCAGCGGGCAGACAUUCAGCGUCACCAUUGACCGGCUCCGAGUCGAUGAUGCUGGUGUAUAUCUCUGCGAGGCUGGGGAUCUGAAGAGAAAUGUUUAUCUCCAAGUGCUGAAGCCUGAGCUCGAGCUUGUGUAUAAAGACCUGAGGAGUGCGGUGAGCUUUGACUGUGAUCUGGGCUCAGGGAUGGAGAAGAAGCCCAAAUACCUGUGUCGGAUGAGCCCCAGAGGGGAGGCCUGCUACGUGAUCAUCAACACACAGGGAGAGAAGGCUCAGGGCUUUGAGGGUAGGAUCCUGAUCACCUCCAGCAGCAAGGACAGUACUUUCAGUGUGCAGAUCACCGGCCUGAAGAAGGAGGACGCAGGGCACUACGUAUGCGGAGCCCUCCCUCUAAACGUGACAGGCGACAGCGGACCCAUCAAGGCUUGGCAGCUGUUCGUCAAUGAGGAGUCCAGCAUUCCCCACAGUCCCACUGUGGUGAAAGGUGUGCCCGGAGGCUCUGUGGCUAUCUUCUGUCCCUACAACCCUAAGGACAACCCUCUGAAGUACUGGUGUCACUGGAAAGAGGCUCAGAAUGGCUUCUGCCCACUGUUGGUGAAGAGUGAAGGGCUGGUAGACCAAGCGUACCAGGGCAGGCUGGCACUGCGUGAGGAACCUGGCAAUGGCACCUACACAGUCCUGCUCAACCAGCUCAGCACCCGGGAUGCUGGCUUCUACUGGUGUCUCACCAAUGGUGACAGUAACUGGAAUUUCACCGUGGAACUCAAGGUCAUUGAAGGAGAACCAAGCUUAAAGGUACCAGAGAACAUCACGGUUUCCAAGGGAGACACCGUCAAGCUCCCCUGCCACUUCCCGUGCAAGUUCUACCCACACGAAAAAUACUGGUGCAAGUGGAGCAACACUGGCUGUCAGGCUCUGCCCAGCCAGGACGAAGGGCCCAGUGACGCCUUCGUGAACUGUGACCAGAACAGCCAGGUCGUCUCCCUGACCUUGAACUCAGUCACCGAGGCAGACCAGGGCUGGUACUGGUGCGGGGUGAAGCAGGGCCAGCGCUAUGGAGAGACUGCAGCUGUCUAUGUGACCGUCCAGGACAAGGCAAAGGCGCCCCAGGGUGCCAGCCCAGCAAAUGCUGCUCCAGGUCGGGAGGUGGUGAGACCAAAUGUCCGGAGGGUGGAAAACAAAGCCGUCCAGGACCCCAGACUUGUCGUGGUGCAAGACUUUGAAGCUCCAGCUGGCGAGAGCAAAACUAACACACAGGGCAGUGCUGACGGGCAUAGCGGAAGCUCCUCCACAGUGCUGCUCUCUACCCUGGUGCCCCUGGCCCUGGUGCUAGUGGCGGGGGUCGUGGUUGUGGGGAUCCUCAGAGCCCGGCACAGGAAAAAUGUUGACCGAGUUUCAAUUCAAAGCUAUAGGACUGACUUUAGCUUGUCAGACUUGAACAGUUCCAGGGAUUUUGGCGCCAAUGACAACAUAGGAGCCUCUCCAGCCAGUCAAGAAACAUCUCUUGGAGGAAAAGACGACCUUGCUACCACCACAGAGAGUACUGUGGAGAGAGAAGAAGUCAAGAAGGCGAAAAGGUCAUCCAAGGAGGAAGCCGACAUGGCCUACUCAGCCUUCCUGAUCCAGUCCAACAGCAUGGCCGCCAAUGUCCGGGACGGCCCCCAAGAAGCCUAA